CAGGUAUACUCUUUGCAUGUUCUCUAAUGUCAAACCAUUGUAUUUAUUUGGGGCAUUGAAGGUUCCCCCUAACAUGCAUGGGUGUAUUUGGGGCUGGGAUUGAGCCUGGGGAUGCUGCCUCUCUGGCGAAACAGAAGCACCCGUCUCUGGGAGGUCUGAGUCGGGGUAAUCUGAUCAUGAGCGAGCUGCUUGACGGUCUCCUAUAGGUGCCCCCCAUCCAUCUGUGCUGUCGCUUAAAAUACCCCUGUCUGUGCAGAACACAGGAUCUUACAGACCUCCAUGUUCCCUUAAAUUGCAUAACAUGUCACUCACGUUUCAUCAACUUCCAUCUGUGAGGUGUAAUUAUGGUGUAAUAUUAGUGUGUUAUGCAAGAAGAUGAUAUUUGCACAUAUGUGGUGUAUAUACUGUUCAUGCAUAUAAUGUUAUACAGUAUAUGUAUGAUAUAAUAAAAUAAUAUUCAAUGUUGAUAACGGGCUAAGUUGUACAGUUUUCGUUCAGCAGGUGUACUUUGUAGCGCCAAAGGUCGACAAUUAAUAGUUUGAAGCAUACUCAUGCCCUGGCACUACCAGAAAGGGCAACUAAAGAUGGCACCUCUGGCUUGUCUCACUUCCUGUUUCCUCUUUGCUCUGCAGAUCUGUUUCCUCCUGUUUGCGGUGCUCUACAUUGUGUCUUACUGCAUCAUCACCCGCUACAAGAGGAAAAGUGAUGACCAAGAAGAUGAGGAUGCCGUUGUCAACAGAAUAUCUCUUUACCUGUGUACCUUCACUCUUGCCAUAUCAGGUGGGGCAGUACUGCUGCUGCCCUUCUCUAUAAUCAGUAGUGAGAUCCUGCUCUCCCUGCCCAGAAACUACUACAUACAGUGGCUCAAUGGCUCGCUCAUUCAUGGACUGUGGAACCUGGUUUCGCUGUUCUCCAACCUCUGUCUUUUUGUGCUCAUGCCCUUUGCCUAUUUCUUCCUGGAGUCUGAGGGAUUCGCCGGAUCCAAAAAGGGCAUUAGGUCACGUGUGUUGGAGACGUUUGUGAUGCUCUUCCUCCUCGGACUGCUCAUCCUGGGAAUAGUGUGGGUCGCCUCCGCCCUCAUCGACAACGAUGCAGCCAGCAUGGAGUCUUUAUACGACCUGUGGGAGUUCUACCUGCCUUACCUGUACUCCUGCAUCUCUCUGAUGGGCGGUCUGCUCCUGCUCAUGUGUACUCCAGUGGGGCUCUCACGCAUGUUCACGGUCAUGGGUCAGCUCCUGGUCAAACCCACGAUUUUGGAGGAUCUGGAUGAGCAGAUCUACUGUAUAGUCUUACAAGAGGAGGCUCUAUCAAGAAGACUUAACGGCACGACCUCCAAUUCCCACAUCCACGGCAGCAUGCAGCACAUGCAGCACAUGCACAAGGAGCUGGAAAGCAUAAGGAACCAGAGGAAUAAGCUGGAAAGACGCAAGAAGGCCUCUGCCUGGGAGAAGAACCUGCUCUACCCUUUUGUCAUGCUGAUCCUGCUGACCGGAACCACCAUCUCUGUUCUUCUGGUGGCUCUGAACAUUCUGUACCUCCUGGUGGAUGAGACUGCUCUGCCAAAGGGAUCCACGGAUCGAGGGAUUGGGAACGCCUCCUUGUCUACGUUUGGGGUUGUGCAGGCUGUGGUGGAGAUCAUCUUAAUGUUUUACCUACUGGUAUCGUCUGUUGUAGGCUUCUACAGCCUCCGCAUCUUCCAGGGCCUCACACCAUGCAAGGACGACACCACCAUGACCGCAAUCAUCGGGUGCUGUGUGUCCAUCCUGGUCCUCAGCUCAGCGCUCCCCGUCAUGUCCAGAACCCUGGGAAUAACCCGCUUCGACCUGCUGGGGGAUUUCGGGAGAUUUAAUUGGUUGGGAAACUUUUAUAUCGUCCUGUCCUACAACCUACUGUUUGCCGUGGUGACGACCCUGUGCCUGAUCCGGAAGUUCACCUCUGCUGUCCGGGAGGAGCUGCUGAAAGCCUUAGGCCUGGAUAAACUCAACCUGUCAUACAGCCCCACCGACCCCGAGUCCGCCAAGCUCUCCACCGCCAACGGCCACCAGAAGACUCUGUGAAGGGACAGCAGUCUCUCUCGCACACACACACACACACACACACGCACGCGCACACACGCUUUAAAGACUUAGAGACAAAUUUCAAACACAAAUACACCAAGACACCUGUUUAAGGUGUGCAGCGAGAUGGAGAGAAGCAGAGUGGAGGAUGGAGGGAUGGUGGGAUGGUGGGGGACGGGAGAAGCACCCGCUCAGGUCAAGGAGGAAAAGGGAACCUGGGAACUGGGCAGCACUUCCUCAAAGCAUAUAGGAGAGAGACAGAGAUACUGAGACCUGCAAGGACUCCCAUCAGAGUCUCAUGACAUUCCACUCCUCUCCUGUCCAUGGAAGUAGGGACAUGACAAACGAGUUGAAGAGAGGUGGAGGAAACCGUGGAGGAAGAAGGAAGAACUUAAGAGACUCCGUUCCACCUCGCUCUACUCCACCGCCAAUGACACCCCCCCACCCUUGUUGAUUUUUUUUUUCUGUUCAUUUUUUUCUGUUCAUUUGCUCUAUUCCACUGUUGUCGUCCUUCUCUCCCAGCCCUCUACUCAUCUGGUUGGCCAUGCUGGUGAGCACACGUGGUGCAGCACAGCUCCAAAGCCAGUCUGGGCCUCUGCAGGGGAGGCUCUCUGUGAAUACAAACGACAGGCAGACAAUUCAUUUUUAUUUCUUUAUUUUAGUUUUUUAUUAUGCAAAUGUUUCUUUCUUUCUUUUCUUCAUUUUCAUGCCAUCUUCGUUUUAAAAAGAGCCAUUUAGUUUUGCACUUUCAGUGCCAGCUUUUUCUGUUGUUGCUUUCUUCCAUCCUGUUCCUUCUCCAUCCUUUUCCCCCACUCCUCUGCUCUUACCACUCUACCUUACCAGGUUCUCUACAGACUGCAGUGCCCACCAUUACCCGUUAGGAGAGGGUUAUAUUAACACUUGUGUUUUAUACGCAGAGUUUGGGAAAAGGAAUACUUUUGGGAGAAGGGCACUUGUUCUGUUAGAAGUUGUAUGAGAAGUCGGCAGGCCAGUCACACCGCACUGCACACAUUUGGACAUUUUUUAAGGAGAUUUUAUUACACACAUAGAGGAACGUUAAGUCUGUGAGCCCAUCUCAAUGUGGCAUGUGAUGACUGUUCAGAUGCAGUACUCUUCAGAAGUGUCGUUGUCAAACUACUCAACCGUCUCAACGUUAGAAUAUGGAGUGGUGAGGGCGUUUGCGUUUUGUAUCGUAAGGGUGCUUUUAUCGAGCUUUUAAACAACCUUGCCGUCAGUACUGCUUCCAUUCUUCUUUUUACUUACCAGCUAGCCUUUUUGUCUUGAUGUACAUGCUAGUGGGCUUAGGUACAUGCUAGUCAGCUGGUUCCUGUUGCUGACCAUAGCCUGGAAGUCAGUAACUUACUCAUUAAUGGGGGAAAAAGCUAAUCUUAUGUUACUGACUGAUUGUCACCAUGGCAAGCAUUUAUGUGGCCAUUACUUAGUGAUAUUUACAUGCCAGGUUUGCUUGACUUAUUCCUCAAAAGUACCAGUGGCUAGGAUUUGUGUAUUGUACUGUGCAUUUAGCCUAGCAAGGGAGCUAACCCCAGCUGUGUUCUGAUAGUUGCAAUUUGCAACAUCGUUGUAUGAGCCAGUCGAUGGUGAUGUCUGUCAUGAGCUUCUUGGCCAGUAAGACUGGAGCCAGAUCACAGAUCAGCGCUGGUAGCCUCAUGUACACAGCCAAUGAGGAAGAAGGAAAGAUAGGAUGAGAUUGUCGUUGGAUUUCAUACUUAUGUGUAAUAGUCAGUCCCUUGGAAGUCCACUGUCACACUGUGUUGACUGAGAGGAAUGGGGUUACACAGUGGAAAGGGAUGAUGUGUUAACGCACUUUUAAUCAGUCGAAUAGGAUUAAGGGUUGCAGUGGUAUUUUUUUUCCGGUUUGUUCUGCAUAUUCAAGCGUCUCACUCAAAUAUAUUGUUAUUUUUGUUUGUUAAUUUGUGUGUGUGUGUGCAUGCGUGCACACUGUAGGGUAUAGUGGUCAGCCAUACGCUGGUCAAGAGAAACAGGAAGCUGGGUGCCAAGCUAUGCUAGUACCUCCUGCUAGGGCUAAGUUAGGUCAUGUUCUUUCUACACAUUCCCGCAGAAGAUGAUUAAUGUGAAAAAAGUUGAGCCUGUUCAGUAGCAAGUUUUUUUCAUUCUCCCAGUCACCUCGUGUUGUUUUCAGUUUUACAAGUGUUUUGUUCAUGUAUACUUUUGCUCACACAUGAUGUGAGUAGUUCUCCAUAACAUAUAUUCAUAUAUAUAUAUAUAUAUAUAUAUGUAUAUAUAUGAUUCAUAUAAUAUUUUUUGACUCUUGGCUGGAAAAGAUUACCUGAAGGCAAACCUCAUCAUCUUGUAAAUGUUGUAUUUACAUGUAUAUAAGCCACACUUUUUGCAUUGAGCUAAUGUGAGUGUUUUGGCCUGUGACCAGCCUGUAUGUGUGUGUGUUAUUGAAGAUAACUCUUUUUAUGACUGUGCGAAUAAUCUGCAUUUUCUCUUUUCUUGAAAACUUCACCUCUGAUGCCUUAACAGGGAAAGGAGUUUCACAGGCAAUUUGAUAGACAAGUUGCUUGCUGUCCAGUGCUGUGUGUGUGUGUGUGCGUGCGUGCGUGCGUGUGCGUGCGUGUGUGGACUUUUGUGUACUCCUGACGUGUCUGUUUCAUUUGUCUCAUCUGCACCUUUUACAAAAAAAAAAAAUGACAAAUUCACUGUGAAACUGUCUUGUGAAAAUGAAACCAUAUAACUGUAAGGCACGCCAAAUAAAAAAAUAAAAAAUGACACUUGAACAUUAAAAAAGGAACGCCAAAAGGAAAUACUAAAAUGACACUACAGGCUAUUUAAAUGUCACUCCCUGCAGUUUUACUGACACUCUCUUGGUAGGAGAUCGAUGUUUGGUUCUCCUAAACUUGAUUAGAGGGACAGUUUCUAUUCCGAGUUCAGUUCAGAAUGAAUAAGAGAAUUUGUAGUAAUAUAGGCAGUCACGCACAGCUUUUACUCUGCUUUAAAGAUAAUCUCUAAGGGGGACUACAUUGUGUUAUUCUGUGAUUCAUGAAGGACGAGACAUUUAGGGAACGACCUUAGUCUUUCAACACCAACGUUAUUGGUGGAUCUGUCUUUGUGAGGAUUUUAUGGUUAAUGUAAGUGAUGUCUGAGUUUGAUGGUAAAUGUGUUGAUUAGAUAAAAUGUACAAAAAUGCUAUUUAAUUUUUCUCCUUCUUUCUAGUUCUAAUGGCACAAAGUGGAUGUAUUUUGUGUUGAGCAUAAAUAAAUGGGGGAAAGCAAA